CAGAUCACAGCUCACUGUGCUCUCCCAGAGAAGCUCUGCACUCCACCAGAAUGGCUCCAACCAACAGCAGAGACUCUCCCGUCUCACUGCUCUCUACCAAAGACAGACACAAAUUGAGGAAACCAGUUGUGGAGAAGAUGCGCAGAGAUCGCAUCAACAGCUGCAUCGAGCAGCUCAAGGUCCUGCUGGAGAAGGAGUUCCACAAACAGGAUCCCAACGCCAAGCUGGAGAAGGCCGACGUGCUGGAGAUGACGGUGGUGUUCCUGAAGCAGCAGCUGCGGCCUCCGAGCCCGGCCAAUCAGACGGCUCACAGCGAGGGCUACUCCCAGUGCUGGAAGGAGACGCUGCACUUCCUGUCCGCCAACUCCCUGAAGGCGGCGACGCUCCCGCACCUCCAGCAGCUCCACGCCGCCCGCAGAGCCGGCCAGGACGCCGGCCAGGACGCCGGCCCCGCGCCGGCCCCCUCCUCCCACAGCCACAUCCAGGGGCCGCUGAAGCAGCUUCCCAGCCCGGCCAGAGCCGUGUGGAGGCCGUGGUAGAAGCUCCACUCGCUCUCUCACCUGAUGGAUGUUCACCAUCAUCACUGCUGUAGGAGAUGGACUC